ACUUCUGCCCGAGCGGCGACAACACCUCUCAGAGUCUCUCUCACACACCUGACUGGGUUGGGGGACGAGUUCACGGCGCUGAACCCUCCACUGUGGGAUCACAGAGCACAAGAAUGGGCGAGUGGCAGAGAGACACCAUGACGGGAUUAAAAACAGUUACCUUCCUGGUCUCUUGCCUGGCAUCUGUGGCCAUGGGUCAAGGAUUUGAAAGCAAGAGUCUGUCAUACAGGAACAGGAGAGCAGUACCAAACACUUUUACGGACACGCGAGCCACAGACGUAAUGGAGUGGACAUCAUGGUUUAAUAUUGACCACCCUGGGGGAAAUGGUGACUAUGAGCGCCUGGAGGCCAUACGUUUUUAUUACCGGGAGAGAGUCUGUGCAAGACCCGCAGCAAUGGAGGCCCGAACCACAGACUGGGUGGCGGCAGCAGACACUGGGGAAGUAGUCCACUCCAGUCUGGAGAAGGGCUUUUGGUGCAUCAACAAGGAACAACCUUUCGGACGCAUCUGCUCCAACUACCAUGUCCGCUUUCAAUGCCCCCCAGACCAGAGUUUCUGGACAAAAUGGGGUGAGUGGGGUCCGUGCACUACCACUGUUUGCAAUGAUGUUGGCAUUCAAGUGCGUGAGAGGAAAUGCAUGACCAUACAGCCGAUGCCGCUACUGUUGGUACCCGCAUGCCAGGGACACCAUUCAGAGAGGAGGGAGUGCUCCACCCCUUCAUGCACAGCCAAGUGGGGUCCAUGGGGCCGCUGGGGGUCCUGCACUGUGACAUGCGGCGGAGGUCGGAGAAUCAGAAGGAGGACUUGCGUGAGGGACUCAACGACAGUGCAAUGCACUGGGCGGCCUGUUGAAACACAAAAAUGUGGGAAGGGUCCAUGUCCAGUUAAAUGUCAGCGUGUCUGCACCGACGGCCGCCCUGAUGAAGACUGCAGACGCUGUGUGUGUGAUGGCCACGUUCUGCGCGGUGAAGUCCACAGUGUGACCGGGGUCCCUGUAGCAGGGGCGUGGGUGGCUUUCACCAGCCACCCCAAAGUCAUCCGUGCCCGAACGGAUGCCAAAGGUCAAUUCAGGCUGAAAGGAAUUUGCUCGUCAGACGUUACCUCGCUCGCCAUCAGGAAGGAGAAGUUUGCCCCCAUCACUGUCUCCUCCAGCAGUAACAGCACUGGCUUGUCGUGGGUGUCGGCUGUCCUCAGAUCAGCUGAGAAGCCCUACAUUGUGAAGCACCCAGAGGACAAGGUGCGAUACGAGGGCGGGCGGGCGAUGUUGUGCUGCAAGGCAACAGGAUUGCCAACACCUGACAAAUACUACUGGUACCACAAUGGGACUCUCAUGGACAGAAAAGUGUACAAGUAUCAAGAAGACCUUGUAUUGAAGGACCUGAAGCCAGAGCAGUCUGGACAGUAUUAUUGUAAAACCAGCAGCCCAGCAGGCAGCAUUAAGUCCUCUCCAGCAUCCCUCACUGUCAUUGCAAAAGGAACUACAGCAUGCAAUUCCAUCCCAGAGGCGCAUCUGAUCAGACUGCCGCUGGACUGCGUUCAACCUGGGACGGACUCCAAGUUUUACAACGCUGGCCGCUGCCCUCAUAACAAAUGCGCUGGCUCGCUUGACUAUGAUAUGCGCUGCAGAGACGGAGACGGGUUUUGCUGCGGCGUCCAAGCAAUGGAAAGUCGGACUAUUGACUGUGGGAGCUACAAUCUCCCAAUUAGGACUGUAUCCCAGUGCAGCUGUCAGAAGUGUGUUCAACCAACAGUGCUGGUGCGUGGCAGAGUGGUCACAGCUGAUAAUGGCGAUCCACUGAGAUUUGGCCACAUCUACAUUGGUAAGGAGAGGGUGGGCACCACUGGAUACCAGGGAGGUUUCACCUUGCAAGUUACUCCUGACACACAGAGAUUGGUGGUGAAUUUUGUUGACCCCACUGAGAAGUUUCUAGACACUCCAAAGGUCUUCAUUUUGGACAAGAAGGGUGGAUCCAUCUACUAUGAUGUGAAGGUGAUGAGGAAGCAGGCUCCGAUUGACAUCAAUGCAGGAGAGACCAAUUCUAUUAACCUGGGUGAGAUUAAAGGGGAAGACCCCAUUGGACAAUUGGUCAUUCCAGCCAAUUCUUUCCACAAAGACAAUGGUGACGUUUACGAGGGAACGGUAAAAGCCAGUGUCACUUUCAUAGACCCGAGAAAUAUCACCACAGCUUCUGCUACACCUGGCGACCUUAACUUUGUGGACAACGAGGGUGACAUGCUCCCUUUGAGGACGUACGGCAUGUUCUCCGUUGACUUCCGUGAUGAGAGCAACAAGCAGGUACUUGGUGCUGGAGCGGUUCAAGUCCUUCUCGACACACAGCAUGUCAAAAUGCAAGAGCAUAUCCCCAAAAUGAAACUGUGGUCUUUAAACCCAGACACUGGAGUCUGGGAGGAGGAAGGUGACUUCUCCAGCACCACAACUACCGGUGGGCACGGCCGCAGCAAACGAGAGGAGCGUACCUUCCUCAUUGGCAACAUGGAGAUCAGAGAGCGCAGACUCUUUAACUUGGACGUGCCGGAAAGCAGACGUUGCUACGUCAAAGUUCGGGCUUACAUGAGCGACAAGUUCCUUCCUGUUGAACAGCUGGAAGGUGUUGUGAUCAGCUUGAUAAACUUGGAACCCAAACCUGGUUACUCCUCCAACCCCAGAGCAUGGGGCCGCUUUGACAGCGUCAUCACUGGCCCUAACGGGGCCUGUUUGCCUGCUUUUUGUGACGCCCAAAGGGCGGAUGCCUACACCGCUUAUGUAACAGCCAUGAUGGGUGGUGAGGAACUGGAGGCAGCCCCCUCCUCACCAAAGAUGAAUCCAAAUAUCAUUGGAGUAUCUCAGCCAUACUUGGAUAAAAUUGACUACCAGCGUUCUGACCACGAAGAUCCAGCUCUGAAGAAAACAGCGUUCAGAAUUAAUCUAGCAAAGCCCAAUCAGAAUAACCUUGAUGAGACCAAUGGACCCAUAUAUCCAUACCAGAAUCUGAUAGCCUGUGAAAAUGCACCGGUUGACGCAAACCAUUUCAGAUUCUUCAGGGUGGAAAAGGACAAGUAUGAAUACAACGUUGUGCCUUUUGAGGAGAAUGAUCUGACAACCUGGACAGGGGACUAUCUCUCCUGGUGGCCUAACCCUCAGGAGUUCAGAGCAUGCUUCAUUAAGGUUAAAGUCCAGGGACAAAAGGAAGUCAUGGUCAGGUCUAAGAACCUAGGAGGAACACACCCAGAAACCAAAGACAAACUUUAUGGCAUCCGAGAUAUACGCAGCACUCGAGACAUGCGGGAGGCUAAUACUUCGGCAGCUUGCGUGGAGUUCAAAUGUAGCGGCAUGUUGUUCGAUCAAGCUGAAGUGGAUCGAUCCCUCAUAACUAUCAUUCCACAGGGGAACUGUCGCAAAAUCGCCACUAACAACCUCCUGCAAGAGUACCUCAUCAAACACCCUCCAGUGGCGCAAAACAAUGACUCCAAUGCCUUCACUAUGUUAGCCCCCGUGGAUCCUUUGGGGCACAAUUACGGCAUAUAUACCGUCACGGACCAGAAUCCCAGGGUUGCGAAAGAAAUCGCUAUUGGUCGCUGCUUUGACGGCACCUCGGACGGUUUCUCCAGAGAGAUGAAGACAGACUCUGGUGUGGCUUUGACUUUCAGCUGCCCUGAGAGAAAAGUCAACAGAGAAAGCCUCUUCCAGCGCUUGCAGACCAAUCCGGGUCAGACGCUGUCACAGAUGGCGAGGGACAUGAGGGAGAUGGAAGGCAUGCAGGUGCGGAGGUCAUCCACACGAGUGGUGGCCUAUCCCUCCGAGCAACAGGGCAGGACCCAGAGUCGUAGGGUUGGCACCACAAGCAGGAGCAGGGCGGCUGUGCGUACACAACAACGCCAAUGACAGAGUCAGGAGAUCUUCACUCAAGGUGGCUCAACCGAAGGAACUAAAACCUGACAUCUUGUUGAUGGGAAGACGCUUCUUCUCUAUUGUGGAAACUCAUGCAUUGAGCCCGGCUGGAGAUAUACAAUAAUCUUAUACUGACUUGAAGGGUUUGUUAUAUUCUGUGUUUAUUCCUGUCCCUCCUGAAAGACAUACAGUACAUCUUGUGGUUAUAUGAAAAGCUGGCAUGCAUCUAAAGACUCUGGUGACAUUUUAUGAAUGAAAGACAUGUUGACUAGAAACUGUUAAUGGUGGAGCCAUUACAAAAAUUGGCCUUUUCUGAAAGAAAAAGUUGCAAACACUGAGCCCUUGUUCAAACAGAGACUCCAGAGACACGUUCAAUAGAGCGCGAUUGUGCCGUGUCCUCCUGGUAACAGAAGACGUUUUCAUCAAUUUCCCUCAAUGUUUUGCAUUGACAUGACAGUCUGCCAUCUGUGAUUCAUCCACACACCAAAGCAAACGAUCAUCUCUCGUAGUGUGCUCUAUAUAAUAAUAAUAAUUCAUCAUAAGCAUAUCUUAAGUGUUAUGCUUCAAAAGCUAUACCCAAGACUAUCAACGUGCAAGGGGGACAACAUCAAUUUCAGUGGAAUCAGUGUCAUCACUGAGUGUUUAUUGUUUUUACUUUUUGCUCAGUGUGUUUUACACUUAUGGUUGUUAAACACGUUUAAAGGGGACAUAUUCUCGAAAAAGUACUUUCUUUUAAUUGCUUGUACCCACAUAUUUGGGUCUCUGAAGUGGCUGCCCAAAUAUGAAGUGUGAAAUUACACAACCAAGCCAUGUUUAUUUUAGCUUCCUAAUGGAAAACAAUUUACAAUAUUUAAAGGCCAGCACAUCCUGUAUGACUGCUACUGCAGUAGAGGGGGCGGCGUGAUCAGUGGCUCAUUUGCAUGAGACCGGACAGCCCCCCAAAACUGACAUAGGGGUUUUAAGUGUGCUCUAACUCUUGAUGCUUGGGGUAUUUCGACCGAAACAUACUGUACAUAUUAUUAAAACAGCUAAAAUCAACUUUAGUGAUUUCAUAUAGUAUCCAACACAACAAUGGCAUGUUUAAAAUCAAAUUGAUGCUCAACAUUAGGUACUCUGCUCUUGUCACCUGUCUACCGGUCCCAUUUGUGUCAGGGAAUACUAUUCUGUACACAAAGAAACCUGAUGAUUUCCUAAUCAUAGCUAUAGUGUUGUCAUGAAAUGACAAUAGUGGCAUCACUAUGGAAUUAGAUCGAAUAUACAGCAACCGUACAUCCUACCUUCCCUACCAGUAACAAACUAGUGACCUACCCUCUCUGACAAACAUCCACCCUGCAAGAAGGACCAUACUUGGAUCUAUCUAUGUUAGACUAAUUUCCCUACCCUAUUGAUUUUGCCUUAACUUUCUAUCCAACAUAUGGCGCUAUAGGGGAAAUCUGUACAUUAUAACCUACCCUCGACUCUCUGAUCAUAAGCAUAGUCGGGUUUGAUGGGUGAAUGAAAACAAACUGCAGCAGAUGUUACGUCCAACCUGCAAAAGAGAAACAAUAAUUGAAUCCAGGUGUGUAGAAAGAUGGAAUCUACACACACAUAUACUGUACACACACAAAAGCAAUAGUGAGGUUUGUCAGGUCAUUUGGCGUUAACAUCUGCAUAGCAACUGGAGGAAGUUAUAGAGAAGAUGACCUAGUGAUAGAUGAAACACUGUUUGGUAAAGGCAGGGAAAAAGUGAAGUAAUUGGGGUCUUCGCAGUCCAUCACCAGGGGUUUCGCAAGUGGUUGCACAUGGAAGCCGGAAGGCUUUCGCCAGAGAAUGCUUUGACAGCAGCCACGGCUUAUUCAUGAGAAGAACUUAUCAGGGGGGGAGUUUGAACGACAAGGUAACAAUAACAGCCCUUCCAAGGCCUCACAUGGGAAACUCUGCCUGCUGCCGAACUUCAAAGGCAACUUAAGAGGCAAAACAUUUGCAGCAUUUUGGGGAUGAAAUGAUGCGAGUUUAAGCAGACAAAGCACACAAAAACAAGAUUUAUUCUGUGUGGAAAGCAAAUGUUUAUCUCAGCGGCAAAGGGCAUUCUUGGGAAUAGUAUUUUCACUUUGCAGAGCGUUGUAAAAUGUUAAGGCUGAAGAAUGAAUCACUGCUUGUUGUCUGGCAACUUUCUGAAUAGUUUCAACCUUGGACACACACACACUGUGACAUUUUUGUACGAGAUUGUACCCUUUAACACAGAGAUCCUGCAAAAUUGGUGCCGUAAAAAGAAACGUUCUGGUAUUUCAUCUGCUGUGACUUUUACACAGAACCCAACAAAAGUGAGAUUGUGACACAACUGUUGCUGUGGCAAUGUUGGCAUUAACAUUAUUGCCAGACAGUGACAAUUGCUCUCAACAUGUUUGUCAGGUGUUCAAACUUUUUUGGGAUUGUGGAAUAAUAUCCACACAGAUGGCUCUCCAAAGGCAGGAAAUUGCCGGGUCGUCCCCAUAAUUACAUUAAUUCAUUCAUUUUCUAGUGCUUAUCCUCACUAGGGUCACGGGCAUGCUGGAGCCUAUCCCAGCCGUCUUCAGGCGAGAGGCAGGGUACACCCUGGACUGGUCGCCACCCAAUCGCAGGGCACAUAUAGACAAACAACCAUUCACACUCACAUUUAUACCUAUGGACAAUUUGAAGUCCACCGUGCAGCCUUUAUACAGAACAGUCACAGAAAAAAGGCACAAUAAAGUUAAAGGUUAUACACAGACAAACCCUCCAAUGUAUUAAUAAUAAUAAUAAUAUAUAUUUUUGACAUAUUUUACUGUGGAUGCAAAAGGGGUCGUUUUUUUUCAAGCGUUAAAUACCCUGAUUCAUAUGUGCACAAUGUCAUUAAUUUGAAUUUAUGUUCACUCAAUGUCAAGGCAAAAACCCCAUUGAUUUGAUCUAAUUUCCAAAUGGUCUUCCAUGCAGGAUUGUGAAAGUGGAUCCAAUAUGCUUGAAGUAGCUGGAGACGUUUCAUACACAAUGCACAAUGCUUAUUAUUUAAAAAUACUUCUUAUAGUGCCACUGUGCUACAGGAAACCACCUUGAAUUAUGCUGUCGAUGCGCUCCUGUCUUACAGAACACUCAGCAAAAAACAGCUUUCAUAUUGUAGCAUUAACGCUUGCAUGGUGACACCAGUCUCUUUGUGUUUUUUUUUAUUUGUUUGGAAUUAUGUUUUCAUGUGUAAAUGGUGUAUUGUAUAAACUGUGUAUGAUAAAGAGACUGUAAAUAAAUGUUUUUUGAUGAAGCUUGCUAGUUG